AUGACAGUCCCAGAAGGAGCUAACACGAAUGAAAGUCAAAUUCACAAGGCCGGUGACGAGGAGGAGGAGGAGGAAGAAAAAAAUCUCGAAGAUUUGAUAAAAAAAGCGGAAAGUUUCCUGAGUAUCGUUGAGGAAGAAGUAGAGAACAACAAUAAGAGAAUCGCUACUCUCAAAGAAGACUAUCGACUGCUAAGAUUACAAUCAGGGCAGCUGACAAAAAGCCAAAUCCAGGCCAUAUCAACGAUGGAAAGGAAGUUGUAG